AUGGCAGCUAUCCCAAUUAGUAACAUCUGCAUCAUUUGCAAGGCAGAUUCUGAAAAUGGUGUAGUAGUGACUGUAACACGAGGGAUAGAAACUCUGAAGUCUGUGAGUGUACAACGAAAAGAUGACAUUCACAACAUAAUUCGAAAUUUGGAUUCCAUUACGAUUCACGCGGAAUGCAGGAGGAAGUACACUCUUAUAAAAAAAGGAUCAUUUUGUUAUAAAAAUGUUGGCCCUCCAAAAAGAGAACUUUCUCCAUUGAGCCCAGUGAAGAAGAGACUACGCGUCGAGCCCACGUUCAACUUCAAGACCUUAUGUUUCUUGUGUGGUCAGGAAGCUUCUAAGCAGUUGAAGCGCGAAAAAAAGCGCAGAGAUGUCAUACGAACCGUACAAACGCCAGGCUUGAAGGACACUGUUUUAAAGAUGAUCGCGGGACUCCCAGACAAAUCAAUGGACAAUGUACGGACCCGAAUAUUGACACAAGACUUACAGGCUGCGGAGGCCCGUUACCAUACAUCAUGCUUUACAUCGUUGUCACGCAGUGCAGAAGUCAAAAAACCCAAGGAAUGUACAAUCACGAAAUCCGAGAUGAUCGCAAAGAAUAUGCAAGUGAUCUACGAUUAUAUAGAAACGAGUGAUGACGUCCAAUUUACACUCGCCGAAUUCGCAGAAAUUUUAGGUGAAAAUGCUCCUUGCCCGGAAACGAUCAAAAGUCACUUACGACAAAGAUACGGCUGCGACAUGGUCCGCUUCACACCAAAAGCAGGAGCUUCAACUAUUGUCAGUUUUCGUGACAGCGAUUACAGCAUUUUAAAAAAGUCGAUGCAAGAAAAAAAUCUCGAUGUUGCGGCGGAAAAGAUUAGAAUAUUAGAGACAGCAGCAUCCAUCAUCCGAAAUGACAUUAUGCGUCAGGUUUGCGACACAGACUCUUAUCCUUCCUCAGACGAAUUCCUCGAGGACGUUAAUGCGGACAUUCCUGAGUCUUUGCAGUAUUUAGUGGAUAAAAUCGUGUUGCAAAAUAAGAAAGGAUCGUUAGAUUCAUAUAGGGUGAAAUGCACCUCGGUAUGUCACGCGAUUAUGAGCGCUGUACGGCCAAGAUCGUUUUUGUCACCACUUAGUGGAGCGCCUGGGGCGUUAAAAACACGAAAACCUCGGAAUUCUCUUAGAGUGAAUGAAAUGUAAUAAUUCAAAGUGGAAUGUGUAGCU